AUGUUGGGGUUGGGUGCUGAUCGGUUGCGAGCCGACAUGAAUCGGUUGCUCGCAAUGCUCUUUCACCAGGGAGUUUUGGAUGAGCAAUUCUUGCAGCUUCAACAGCUCCAAGAUGAGAGCUCCCCAAACUUUGUUUCUGAAGUUGUCAACAUCUACUUUCAUGAGUCUGAGAAGCUCUUAAAAAAUCUCAGAGAAUUAUUGAUGGAUAGAGAGUUCUCGGACUACAAGAAAAUGGGGACACAUUUGAAUCAGUUUAUGGGAAGCAGCUCAAGCAUUGGAGCCAAGAGAAUCAGAAACGUCUGCGUUGCUUUUCGCGCUGCUUCUGAACACAACAACCGUGCUGGGUGCCUGAGAGCUUUGGAGGUGCUAGAACAUGAAUAUUGCUACCUCAAGAACAAAUUGCAUGAAUUAUUCCAAAUAGAGCAGCAACGAGUCUUGGCAGCUGGGGUUAGGUACCCAAUGCAGAACAAUUAAAGAAAUUGCCAUAAAACCCAGCCAAGUUCGUUUUCUGUACGGCCAUCUUGCUAAUUGCUUCAGGUUUUCACUCAAAACCAAGCUAAUUUGACCCCACCACCACUGAAACAGUAGCAGCAGAUUGUAGAAAAUUAGAUCGUCGAGAGUAUGCAUGGCUAAUUAUGUCACUGCCAUCCACCUACCUGCCAUUUACUGUAAUAGAGCCAUUCUUUUUUAGUCAUUAAGAUUCCCUGCCU